CAGAAGACAGAUCCUCGUAGUAAAGAAGCUCCUUGCGCCCGUCCCAAGAGGCAGUCGGGCCGCUCAACUAGCGCGAGCGCGACCUCCUCUGGGCCUCCCGGCGACCAAAACGACCUCCUGUCGCGCAUUUCUCACCUGGAGGUAGAAAAUCAGAACCUUCGCAGCGUUGUUGCCGACCUUCAGUUGGCCAUCUUCAAGUUGGAAAGCCGCCUGAACGCUCUGGAAAAGUCAUCUACCUCCCACCAACCCUCGGCGGUUCCUCCCACCCAGAAAGUUGAACCGUUCAGUGUUCCCUCCAAGAAAGUGGAGCUCCCGUCCGCUUCGCCGGCAAAGAAAGCCGAGCCAGCUGCCGCAGAGGAAGACGACGAUGAUGACAUCGACCUUUUUGGUAGCGACGACGAAGAGGAGGACCAAGAGGCUGCCAAAGUCCGGGAGGAAAGACUCCGUCAGUACGCAGAGAAGAAGGCCAAGAAACCGGGACUUAUUGCCAAGUCUUCCAUCCUUCUGGAUGUGAAACCCUGGGACGAUGAGACCGACAUGGCCAAGAUGGAAGAGUGCGUCCGCUCCGUCCGCAUGGAUGGGUUGGUGUGGGGAGCCUCCAAACUGGUCCCAGUGGGUUACGGUAUUAAAAAGCUCCAAAUCCAGUGCGUCGUGGAGGAUGACAAAGUCGGGACGGACAUCCUGGAGGAGGAGAUCACCAAGUUCGAGGACUACGUGCAAAGUGUGGACAUUGCUGCUUUCAACAAGAUCUAGAAACGAAACUGUAAACCCCCUCUGAAAGAGUAACUAAUAAAGGUCAGGAUUGGGAGUGCAG